GAUAGCAAAAUAAUAAAGGACAUUAUGGAAGGAUUAAGGAUGCUUUGCGAUAUUCAAUACACGGACUCAAUGAAAAGAAGAUAUUUUAUCUCGUCAUGCCUCAAAAAAGAAGUGAAUGAUCAUCUUUCACAAACAAAAAUAGAUAAGUAUAUUUUUGGUAAAAAUGUAGCUGAGACUUUAAAGACUGCUAAGAUAGUCUCGAAGUCGGGAACAGAAAUAAGGGUUCAAGACGUUAACAGUAAAACAGUAAUUAAGAGAAAAACACAACCUCAACCGUCAACCUCAAGAGGUUUAAACUGGAAAGCUCCGCCGGCGCGCAGGCAGCCGGCCCAAACCAGGAGCCGCCCGCCUGUUCACGCGCAGAAGCCCGACUACUCAUCGAAAGGGUCGCGGCAGCAGCAGCAGCAGCAUCAGCAACGGAACACGCGCCGAUUUUAAACGAGCAGAUGGAACGUACAGAAAAACCUUACCCUGGUUGCCGGGAUAUUAUACGGCGGUCGUUACUACGACGAGACGUCCCAUUAGCAACAGUAAACAUAAUGCUUGCAUCUCUGGCAGAAAGUUCCAUCAAACAGUAUGACGUUUCCAUAAAGAAAUGGUUUGUUCACUGUACCAGGUAUUCAAUUAAUAUGUUUGAAGCUUCAGUCCCAGAAGUAUUAAAUUUUUUGACUUCAUUAUUUAAUGGUGGAAGUCAAUAUGGCACCCUAAAUAGCUGCAGAGCAGCGUUAUCACUUAUAUUAGAUUCAAAUAUAACUAGAGAUAAUAGGAUAGAAAGAUUUUUCAAGGGCGUCUUUAGAUUAAGACCUCCUCUUCCCAGAUACAACGUGACCUGGGAUACUUCUAGAGUUCUAGAUUAUUUAGCAAAAAAUUACCCUAAUGAAAGUUUAUCUCUGAAGAAACUGUCAUAUAAAUGUGUUACAUUGUUAGCUCUUACAACAACACAUCGGGUACAAACAUUAUCAAAAAUUAUAGUAAACAACAUUGAAAUUUCAUCAUCAAAAAUAAUUAUUAAGAUUCCAGAUUUAAUUAAGUCAUCUAGGCCAGGCUCAAACCAACCUGCAUUAGACUUACCUUUUUUCCCAGAAAAGCCAGCUGUGUGUCCUGCUCACACACUUAUUUCUUACCUUAGUAAAACAGCAGCUUUGCGGAGUCAGGAUUACUUAUUUAUAAGUUUCAAGAAGCCUUUUAAGAUUGUCUCAACCCAGACAUUAAGUCGCUGGAUCAAAACCACACUAAGAGAUGCUGGUAUCGAUGUUUCUAUCUUCUCCGCCCAUAGUACUAGACAUGCGUCUACUUCAAAGGCUUAUAGUUCAGGAAUUAGUAUUGAGCUAAUUCGCAAAACUGCUGGGUGGAGUCAAAAUUCCAAUACGUUUUGGAAAUAUUAUAAUAAAGGUACAAUUUCAAAUCAGGAAUGUAACUCUCUAGCCAGAGCAAUAAUUAUAGAUUGAUUGCAAUAUUACAGGCGUUAAUACUUAAUUUUUUUUCAAUAAAGGUAAUUAACAUAAGAAAAACUUUAUUUUCAAGAAAAUACAGGUGAUUAACUAGCUAUUGAUUCAUUGUUGAACCUUGUUUUUAAUAAUAAGGUUUAUUCAUAAUGAUAAAAUUAUUAUAAGAGGAACUAAAAAUUAUU